AUGCGUUUCGCCGCCCCUCUCGCCCUCUCCGCGGUCCUCUUCUUCUUCUUCGUCGCCUCCGCCUCGUCGGACGAGCAGCAGCAUGACGACCCUCUCAGGGGCGCGUUCGCCCAGUGGAUGAGGACCCACGCCAAGUCGUACUCCAACGAGGAGUUCGUCUUCCGCUGGAACGCAUGGCGCGAGAACCACCGCUUCAUCGAGGAGCACAACCGCCAGAACCACAGCUACCACCUCGCCAUGAACCAGUUUGGCGAUCUCACCGCCGACGAGUUCCAGACGCUCUACACCCCAAACUUGGGGCGUGGACCUCUCACUGCCGACGACAACUCCACUGCUACUCCUCCAAUCUUGAAGGAGAAGGCCACCUUCGCUCUUGCGUGUGUCGACUGGAGACAGACUACUCCCAGAGUCAAGAACCAGGGUCAGUGUGGCUCUGACUAUGCGUUCUCCGCUCUUGGUGCCCUCGAGGGCAUGCUCUCGAGAAAGUACGGCCGUCAAGGUUUUGAUCUUUCUGAGCAGAACAUCGUCGACUGCUCGGGACCUCAAGGCAACUACGGCUGCAAUGGUGGUUUCAUGACGGCAUGCUAUGAGUACGUCAAGAAGUCAGGUGGCGUCAACUACGCGGUCAACUAUCCCUACACGGGGCAACAAGGCCAGUGCCGCUUCAACCCCAAUUCGAAAGUAGGGCUUAGCAGUUACGCUGUGAUCCCCUACGGCAGCGAGCAAGCUCUCGAACAAGCGCUUGCCACGGUUGGACCCGUCGCUGUCGCCGUCGAUGCCUCGCUCCCAUCCUUCCGGUUCUACUCGGCGGGCAUCUACGUCGAGCCCUCCGCAACCCCAACAAACUUAGCCACGCUCUGGUUGCCCUUGGUAACUGCACGGAGAAUGGCAUGGCGUACUACCUCCUCAAGAACUCGUGGGGCACUGGUUGGGGCGAAGGGGGCUACAUGA